AUGGCUUUUCGCACGGUUGUGACUGAUACGUUGGAUGAAUGGGACGAGCUUCUGAGGGAGAGGGUUCGCUCCUUGAAUCGUUCUGGUCCAAGCCCGGAUAGCGAUGAGUUUCGCUGCUCGGUCCUGAGCGAAUUGCACGAAAAGCGAUACGUUUCUUUUCGACGUUGGCGCGCGGAAGAAAUUUUAGUUUUCGUCAUUAUCGCCUUCCCCCGUUCCGAGUUACUGAAGCUCACUGCUGCAGGCCGAGUGUCAACGUUCUUCAGAGCUUUGCACGAGAAAUGGAACCCGUCUUUCAAAAGCUGGGUACAUGUGCUAUGGCGUUUCACGGGUCAUGCACACGAAUUCUUUAGCGAUGUACUGUUCUUAAUGCCCUCUGAGCAGAAAGCUCCAAUUCGUGAAAUGGGUCGUGUCUUGUUCCGUGAUCUUAUUCAGGAGCGCAUCAUGCCUCCAGAGACGGCUGUGAGUGUUAUUGGCGCCAUGAUACAGUGGCCACUGGAAAGAACGAUGGUCACUAAACACGCUGGUCAGCUGUACAGUCUUGCAUUCCGCUUAACCCCGGAUGAAACUGGAUUUCUGUGCAGAAGUCUUUUCAUGUACAGAGCAAAAGAGCUUAACGAUGGGUGCAACUGUGGAUAUGAAAAAGACGAACAAUUCUGCAGAUGUGCCGCGCGCUAUGUCAGGAAUAAUUACACGGGCAAAAAGGGAAUGGAUCUCGAGCACGACCGCGAUAAGGAAUAUGCAUGUGCACUAUGCCGCAGUAUCAUUGAAAAACACGCGGAACAUGGCAGACAUGCCGCAAAUUUCCAAUGGGCUGAACGGGAAAAAGAGGAUUUCCUCAUGAGUGCUUGCGAUGAAGUCUUUUCGGAGCAAAUAUACGUAGAGCUGUUCCAAAAUUUGAACGCUGGUCGCAUGCCGCGCCUUAAGCUGCGGCGUCCUCGCGCUCUUUCGCACUACGAGCUCAAUCACAAUGCCAUGCGUUCGAUCGACAGCGAUUAUCAUCAUGGUUUCGCACAGCAUGCUGGGUGCGUAACUCAAAACUGCAAGCAAGCUUGGAAAACGGGCUGUCAAAAUACCUCCUGCCAGACACACUGUUUCAAAAACGGGCUUCUGGAAUGUCGCCCCCAUCGUAACUAUGAACCCCUGGGAUUGCCUACCUACAACCCAAGAAGGAAGAUUGCUUUUGGGAUACGUUGA